AAUUACUAGUUUAAAAUGGCGAAAGUUGGUAAAUUUGGGUUUGUUACGUUGGUGGAAACUUGAAAUGGGCGAGGUUAUCAAACGUAAACAAUAAACAAAUUCAUCUAAAAAGUAAAAGCAGUGAAUUUUUUAUGAUUUUGUGAUGGCUCUCGAACAAAUAGCCGAAGAGUACUUCAGCGAAUUGAAUCCUAUGGCACGUCGCAUUUAUGCCGAUAUGAAGGAGACCAAAUCUGCGUAUGAGGACUUGUGGGAGACAAUUUCGGAAAAAGAACAAAAACAAAUAUUGUCUGAAAGUAUUAUAACACCGGAAGUGUUACUCAAGUACAACCAGAACGAAACUGAGGAAAGUGUUAACGAAUAUGCCGUCAAACUGAUAAUAGAUGACCAUUGUACAUAUCAGGAUGAACACUCAGGACCUUUUAGUUUUAAGACACGGAGUCAGAGAAAUUUGACACUAUUUGAUGCUGACGACAAGCCCAAACCUAUUGUCAAACAUAAACCCAAGAAGAAAAUCGUUGAAAUGUUUCAGGGUCCAGAAGAUAASYCAGAGAAAGAGUCGAGUGGGAAUACGUUGCCAAAAACAGGACUUGACUUCUUAGAUAACUGGUAGUGCAAUAAAGUAACCAAAGAUUCACUUAUUUAUUAUGUAUUUUAGUGCUAAGUAUGUUUUAUAAGCACUGAAGUAGUGUUAAUGUUUAAAUACACCAUUUUAAACUUUU